GCGGGUCGAGUAGCUUGCGAGCACGGCGACAAGUUACUUCAUGGAGAACUGCUACGCUGGCGCCACCUACUACAUCAAGCUGCUGCUGAUCAGUCACAAGGACCAGGUGCUCAGCCAAUCACGGCAGCUGAACGUGCAGACGUCGGCGUCGCCGGACACGCCCAUCCUGAGCCUCAGGGCGUGCAACUUCAAGUACAUCGCUAUACAGUGGGAGAAGCCGAGCGUGUACGGGUCGGCACACAUCACGAGCUACCGUCUGUUCAUCAAUGGAGUCGUGGAGAGUAACCUCAGUCCGCAGCAGACAGCGUACACGUUCACUAGCGGCGCCUGGUGUCGCGAGUACGUGUUCCAGCUUCAG